AGGAGCUUGUCUUACGCAUGGUCUUACGUCUGUUUGUCGACGCCCCUUUGAUUUGGGAAAUGUGGUUUUAGGUGCACGACGCUUCUUUUGUAGUUUAUAACGUAUUACGUAAAAGGGUCGUGAACUACACCGACCAACCGGGCCGGCUUGGUCAAAAAAAACGCCUCUUAUUAAAGGUCGUAGUCUUGAACAAUUGGGACUCGGAGGACACCUGCAAUGCAUCCUGUACAAGAAAAUUCGCGGUGGCCCCGAGUAUCAAAGUUCACUCUGUCAGCAUGUGCAGCAACUGUUGCAGAAUUAGUCACAUUCCCUCUGGACCUUACCAAAACCAGGCUUCAGAUACAGGGUGAAGGUGGUUCCCGACAGCAUGGUGGAAGUGUACAGCCUCCAAAAUACAGGGGCAUGCUGAGCACAGCUAUGGGUAUAGUGCGAGAAGAGGGGCCCUUGAAAUUGUGGCAAGGGGUCACACCAGCUAUCUACAGACAUAUAGUGUAUUCCGGCGGCAGGAUGUUGGCCUAUGAACAGCUCAGGGAAUCAGUCUUGGGAAGAUCUGAAGAUGGCAUUUUUCCAGUUUGGAAAGCAGUGAUCGGCAGUAUGAUUUCAGGUGCCUUGGGCCAGUUCAUCGCUAGUCCAACAGAUCUAGUGAAAGUUCAAAUGCAAAUGGAGGGCAGGCGCCGACUAGAAGGGAAACCACCAAGAGUACAUGGAGUUUACCAUGCUUUUACAAAGAUCAUAGCAGAGGGAGGAAUACGAGGCCUUUGGGCAGGAUGGGUUCCCAACGUUCAGAGAGCUGCCCUAGUCAAUUUAGGAGAUCUCAUGACAUAUGAUACAGUAAAGCAUUUUCUACUAAGAAACACAUCCAUACCGGACAACAGCAUUUGUCAUGGAUUGGCAAGCAUUUGCUCAGGAUUGGUUGCAGCUAUUAUGGGAACACCAGCUGAUGUUGUGAAAACUAGAGUAAUGAACCAGCCACGGGAUUCAAAUGGACGGGGUCUUCUCUACAAGUCUUCUACUGACUGUCUUGUUCAGUCGGUGAGAAGAGAAGGAUUUUUUUCCCUCUAUAAAGGAUUUCUACCAACUUGGUUUAGAAUGGCUCCCUGGUCUUUGACUUUCUGGCUUACAUUUGAGCAAAUGAGACGAGCAAUGGGCAUUAGCUCGUUUUAAUGAUUUUAAGAGGUGGACAGAGAGUAUAUUUUACUUUACCCCCUUAAAGUUGGACAUUCCAGUCCUCUAUUAUUAGUUCUGAAUUCAGCUGUAUUCAGGUACACAAUGCAGGACACAAAUUUGAGGAAGAAGACUCAGCAAAGUUGUUUGAUCACUGUAUAUUUUGGAGAAAAUAAAAUGGCAUUGCGAUCA